AUGGAUAAAGAUUUCGAUCUUGAUUUGGCAUUAACGGUGGUAGGAAUUGCUGGCGACACGGCUGAGCCACCACGGUGUUCAACGCCUUCCGAUGAUCACGACGAGAAUCAACUUCAAGUAUUGCCAAUGGUUAAUGAUGAAAAUGGACUUUGUAUAGUAUGCAUGGAAGGUUUUCAAAGAGAUGUUGAUGAUCAUGGCAAACAAUUAGUCCCUUGUGGUCAUGUUUUUCAUGCAAAUUGUCUUACCAAAUGGCUAUCCGUUCAUAAUUCUUGUCCUCUUUGCCGUUUCAAAGUCUCCGCUCCUGAACAAGGCGGAUUCAAAAUUUGA